CACCUGCAAAAACAUUUUCACAAGUUUAAACAACUCUCGAUUCUUAUUGGAGUCAUUUCUUGAUGGAUUCUCGAUACGAGGGAUAGAACAGGAACACAUUCAGAGAUUUAGAUGUUACAUACACACACACAUUAGGGUUGGGCUGAUAGACGAUGACAUUGGCCCAGCAUCUUGAUUCCCCUGCAUGACGCAAUUUUCUCCAUCAGGAGGGUCCGCGGUCGUCCGCACAUCCCAUAUGCUUAUAUGCGUAAAGCACAUUCCCAAGACAAAUGUUGACAGCCGACUGAGCCGCGUCCAUUCAUGUUUAUCCGCGGUUGAGUAUGAUUUGGAAGCUGCGCAACACGUGUGCGCGCUAGAUGGAAACGGACAUAUAAAGUGAAAGCAAACAGUGAAUUGUAGUAAUGCGCUCACGUUACGUGUGUGUAAACCUGUAAAUGACCACAUGAACUGUGCGCAUCCGCGAUGGCAGCGGGAAACAUUAGUGACGCGUGACCCACGCUGUUGACUAAUCACACACACAGCCUACACGGGUGGGCUCAAGAUAUACUCGUCUUUCCACAUGAAAUAACAACUGGAAGAAAUUCCAAAUUUGCAGGUCAUACAUGCGCGAGUACUCACGCUGUCUUGAAAUUUGGCGCAAAAUGCGAUUUGGUCGCAGUCUGGAGCCCCGAUAUACAGUAAUUGUUUUUAAUGUUUUGGAAGAUGGCCAUCUAGCAAACUGAUAUAACCCCGCCUCGCCCCCCGAUGUCAUCGUCUAUUGCGAUGUUUCACUGUAGGCAUCGUCCAAUGCAAAUUUGUUAGACAUCGCCCAACCCUAACACACAUAUGUAAUUGCAAUAACAUUGACUUGCAGUGAUGCCCAAAAAUAUCCACAAAUGAAAGGCUUCAUAAAUUGAGAAUAAUGAAACAUGUCUUACUCUGGAUGAGCUGUGCAGUGGUGGACAGUAACGAAGUAAAUGUAAUUCGUUACUGUACUUAAGUAGCUUUCUUGCGUAUCUGUACUUUACUGAAGUAUUUCCAUAUGUGGAGACUUUUACUUUAACUUUAGUACAUUUCAAAGUCAAAUUUCUUACUUUUUACUCAACUACAUUUUGCGAAACCAGUCGUUACUUUUUUUGUGGGUGGAUAGAAACUUAUCUGGUUAAACUAAGAAGCACGUGGAAAGCCACCAAUCAGGGAACAGCGCGCGCUCUGUUUUGGAUGCCACUUGGCGGUGUCUGUUUAGCGCGAACACACAGUUCAACGUCAGUGCCAGCCACAGCAUAACAUUUCACGAGAAGUGCCUAGUGCCUGCAUAAAUGAUGGAAGACACUUCUGAUUCUAACUUGCCACAACACCCGUGGCCUUAUUUGCGCAAUUUUUUUGAAGUAGUUGAAAAGAAGAACGAGUCCUUCAUUUUCAAGUGCCUUCUCUGCCUGCCUCGUCACUGUAAAAUUUCUUCUUACAAGAAUUCUCCUUCCAACCUAAGGAAACACGUAGAGGUAAGUCAUUUUCAUUCUCUUUUAAGAAUAGUCUAACUGUAGCUUGCAGAAAUGGUUUAAUUGUCUAUGUUGGUAAAAUAUAAUAUGUGACGUUAGUAGGCUAGCAGCUAGACUUGAUAAAGGGGGCAUUCACGGGACGCAUUCGCGGUCCUGAGUUUAGUUCCUUUUCUAUGGGUAGUAAACGGAACGCGGCAAAAUGCGGACGGUCUCACAUGCCGCAACCAUGGACAUGAGAGCCGCCGAAAAUAAAAAUAUUUUAAUCUUUUGUGAGCUGCAGUGGCAGCCGUGUCGGCUUUAAACAAUCAUUGAACAGAUUCCUAACCACCAAACAUUUUACUGAGCUAAAAGCGUUGUAAUGAUGGAGGAGAACAUUGUUUUAAAUCUUACUGAAUUCCCAGAGCAACCCUUGAAAUUGUAAUUGCGAUUAUUAAUUACAUUGAUCACAGUCAAUGUUUGAAUAACUUUAUAUCAUUGUUUGAAGCAUAAUCGCAAAAAAAUGUAUAGUAUAAAGCAAUGUAAGUUGCUUUGGAUAAAAACGUCUUCCAAAUGCAUAAAUGUAAAUCUUAUUAAAUUAAAUUCCUAUAGCAUUAGGUCUUACAUGUCAACUAUACAUUUUAUAAUGUUACACUAAAAUUAAAUUAAUGGAAAAAAACGUAGGAUAGCCUGGAGAAAGAAAGAAAAAACAUCUUAAUCAUGCAGAUGUAACGUUAAGUGGACAAAAACUGUGAUCUAAGCUAAAGCUGAAAAUAUUGUACUUUGCAGCCUACAUACAUUAUAUGACACGUUAAAAGCACAUGAAAUUUGACAGUAAAACAUCUGAUCUCUAGAUAUGUAGUUAAUUUAUUGAAUGUUUUUGUUUUGCAGAGAAAGCAUGGUAGCCACAUGCAGAGGUAUACUGCCCUAACAGCGACAAGGAAAAGAAGAAUGGAGGGCGAGGAGGCUCCUUCAACUUCCAAACAGCUGAAGUUGGGAGAAACUAAGAUAGUUACACAGAAGAAUGUUGAUCAUGCCGUGUUGAAUUUUGUGACACAGAGUCUCCAACCCUUUAGUCUGGUGGACCAGCCAUCAUUUAAAGCUUUUUUGCAUGAUCUUCAGCCUAACACCUCUCUCAUGUCAAGGACCACUUUGCGACGAAAGAUGGAUGAGGCAGUGCUUGAAAUGAAGAUUAAUAUGAAAAAAGCAAUGUCAGAGAUAGAUUUCUUAGCAACAACAACAGAUUGUUGGAGUUCAAGAAGAAGAGGUUUCAUUGGUGUCACUGCCCACUGGGUUGAUCCUAACAGCCUGGAGAGGUGCUCAGUAGCGCUAGCAUGCAGGCAACUCAAAGGCCCACACACUUUUGAUGUUUUGGCUUGUGCACUGAAUGAUAUACAUGCUGAAUUUGGCAUACAGAACAAAGUUGUUCGAACUACUACAGACAACGGGUCAAAUUUUUUAAAGGCGUUUCGUAUAUAUGGCGAGCAAGAUGAAAACAACAAUUCUCCUUCAGAUGAGGCUGAAGAUGAUGAGAUGAACGAUGAGAUGUGUGAUGAUGAGGAUGUGAAUAGUGUAGAGGUGGACUUAGUAGAGGUCACAGCUAUUUUAGAUGAGGAUGAUGGCUUACAAUUCCAACUUCCGAAACAUCAUCGUUGUGCCUGCCACUUAUUAAACUUGGUUUCCACAGUGGAUGCAGCCAAAGCCUGUUCAAAUGAAUCCUACAAGAAGCUGUCCCGAUCAGCAUUCUCAAAGUGCAAUGCACUUUGGAAUAAGUGUGGCAGAUCUGCUGCUGCUGCAGAGAUUAUAGAAGAUGUGUGCAAAAUUCAUCUGAUCCGCCCAAACACAACAAGGUGGAAUUCCUUAUUUCUCGCCUUUGAGCGAAUUCUACGUAUCAUUAAAGAUCAGGGAGAGGGGGCUAUCAGAACUGUCUGCACUUCACUCAAGUUGCCAAUGUUAAGUCCAGUUGAAGUUGCCUUUCUGGAGGAGUAUGCCAGAACCAUGAGCCCCCUUGCCAAAUCCCUCAACAUUCUUCAGGCUGAAACUGAUGUUCAAAUGGGAUGGCUUCUGCCUACUCUGACCCUCCUCAUCUCGAAACUGGACCGAGUUCGCACUACCUCCAGGUACUGCAAACCUCUGGUGGAUGCACUCCAAGAAGGCCUGCAGCAGCGCUUUGGAAACAUGUUCGUAGAGCCAGAGUUUAUUGCAGCUGCAAUCCUUGUCCCGAAAUUUAAAACAUCCUGGACAUUGGAUGAAAACAUCGUCAAACUAGGCCUGGACUACAUCAAGGACCAUCUCGUGGAAGAGACUUUGAAUCAGUUGCCAUUUGAUGGUUCCAGUGCCUCUGAGGAAGAGGACUUCUUUGCGAGCAUUAUGUCUACUCAUGGUGCAGAAGGUAUCAAGCAGUUUGAUGGCUACCUUGCCUGCAAAGAUGAUCACAAAGACAUUCUCAAGUCCUUCCCAUCAGUCUGUAGGUUGUCUUUGAAGGUCAACACUGCCUUACCCGCUUCAGCAGCUUGUGAACGUCUUUUCAGCACAGCAGGGCUUAUUUUCAGUCCCAGGAGGGCAAGAAUAGACUCAAAAAACUUUGAGAAUCAGCUGCUUCUCAAGCUGAAUAAAAAAUACUGUCACUUUAGUUAGAUCAUUUAGUUUGAUCAUCAGAGCAAUACUGUACUAGCAUGCUCACCAAUAGCAGAAUUAAUGGCAUGCUGAUUAAUUAUAUUUACUACCACAACUAUUGUUCACUGUCAUUUGAGGCUUGUUAUUUUAGUACAAAACUCAUGUGAACCUGUGUUUAAGUGUGUAUAUUAAAGUUAAACUUUAUUACACUGUUACAAAUAAAUCUUAAACCAAAACUACCUGCUCUCAA